UUCGGGGGCAUCCGUUAUAGCGGCAUCAAAUAGAAAGAAGCGUGCUUACUAGAUGCGAAAGAUAAAUUGAUUUCAUAGAAGAUGGAAGCAAAGAGAAAAGCAGAAGGCAUUGUCGUGCCUAUAAAACGUAUGAGAACUGAUAUAGUGCCUUCAAACGAUACGUCGACAGCCAUUAUAGAAACAGAACCACCAAGAACGUCUAAUUUAUUAUCGCCAAUAAUGCUGUUGGUUGGACAUCAAGGUGAAAUAUUCUGUUCGAAAUUUCACCCAAAUGGAACCCUUCUAGCUUCUAGUGGAUUUGAUAGACAAAUAUUUUUAUGGAAUACUUACGGAGAAUGUGAGAACUUUUCGGUAAUCACAGGGCAUACUGGAGCUGUUUUAGAUUUAAAUUUUUCUACUGAUGGUAAUCUUAUUUUCACAGCUUCUACAGAUAAAACUGUUUGUAUUUGGGAUACUAAUGUGGGAGUCAGAAUUAAAAAGAUGAGAGGACACACUUCUUAUGUGAACUGCUGUCACAGUGCUCGCAGAGGUCCGCAGUUGAUCUGUAGUGGAAGUGACGAUUGUACCAUCCGAUUAUGGGACGAAAGAAAGAGAGGAUCCGUUCAAACCUUUCAAGAAGUGUAUCAAGUUACUGCCAUUACUUUUAAUGACACUGCCGAGCAAAUUAUAUGCGGAAGCAUUGACGGAAAUGUCAAAGUUUGGGAUCUGCGUAAAAAUGGUAUUCUCUAUAAAAUGGCUGGGCAUACGGAUAUCAUUACUGGUCUUUCGCUCAGUCCAGAUGGUUCUUAUGUUCUGUCAAAUGCAAUGGAUAACAUGCUAAGAAUAUGGGAUAUUAGACCAUUUGCACCACAAGAGAGAUGUGUAAAAAUUUUACAAGGACAUCAACAUAAUUUCGAAAAGAAUUUGCUUCGUUGUUGCUGGUCGCCAGAUGGUAGUAAAGUGUCUGCCGGUUCUGCAGACCGUUUUGUUUAUAUUUGGGAUACGACAACAAGAAGAAUUUUAUACAAGUUACCGGGACACAAUGGAUCUGUCAAUGAUGUUGAUUUUCAUCCAAAAGAACCAAUUAUUUUAUCUUGUUCGAGUGACAAGCAAAUUUAUUUAGGUGAAAUUGAGUAAAUACUAUUUUAAAAUAGUAAUAUACUAUAUUUGAUUGUAUUUCUUAUACAUUAUAAAUCCAUACAUUUUUAGCCAAAUAAAAUAAUUUUUUAAUUUAAUCUCUUUGACCUGUUUUAAUCUCAUUGUGGUAGACAAUUUUCCUGAUAUCUUAAACUUGUAUCAAUUUUAAAGAUGAAAAAACUCUUUGAAUUUCUGAGAUUAAAUGCAGAAGCAAUCAUAAAAAAUAUAAUGUACAGUAAUAAUCAGAAUCUGUAUCUACUUUUAAGAUCUAGAAUAUCUAAUUCUUCAAAAUUUUGACAAUUUGUUCCCCAAAAUAGCAUAUUAGUCAGUUGAAUAAUUUGAAGCAUUAGUAGUAAAUGUUUGUCAAUGUGAACUUAGAAAUUAUUUCCUGACCCAAUCUACAAAUGCUUAAUGUUGUUCAAGUGAAGAGUUAUGUCUAAAAUUUCCACUGUUAAUAUCUCUAGUAUUAUUCUAAUUUUGUUUUUUAUGCAAAAUAUUGUUUUUCAUCUGUCUAAUUGGUAAUAGAUACCAUAUAAUAAACUUAACUGCAUUUUGUUUAUUGUAAUUAUCCUCAAUUCAAAUAAACUUGAAAUUUGAGAAUGUUUUUGCCAACACAAUGAUCAAAGUUUUCCCAAGAUAACAUUAAGUUCUAAAGAAUUAGAUAUUCUAGAACUUAAAAGUAGAUUUAGAUUCUGAUUAUUACUACGUACUUUAUUACAAGGGGGUUUCAAUAAGUAGCACCUUUUAUUUUUUUGAGCAAAAGUGUUAAUGCAAAUGGAAAAUACAUAAUAUACGAAACGAAAUAUGUGGAUUAGGAUACUUGACAUAGGAACCAUUCAGGUUCAAGAACUUGUCCCAGAAGUGCCUCUUCUUGAAGAUGCCUGCAUUGUAGAAUGCCAUUUCCUGGCUAUACAACCAUCUGCGAAUAGCUGAUUAACCUCCUCAUCAGAAUGGAACUUCUCUCUAGCCAGGAAUUUCCUCAAAGGACCAAACAGGACACCAAGCAAUUUUUCCAACAGCAUCUUCAAGCGAAUGCAGUAGUUACUUUGAAUUUCUCAACAGCAAUGACUGUUUGAGGCAGGCGAAGCUGCACUUAUCCUGUGCUUAUCAAUCGCACACUGACAACCAUUUUUAAACAUUUUGCACCAUCAAUGGAUGUUUGAAUUGUCUAUGCAAUCAUCACCAUACAACUUUCUGCAUUUCUGCAAGAAUUUGUUGCACAUUUCUUGCCCCCUGCCCAUAGAAACGAAUAAUGCUUCACUGUUCUUUUCUUUCCAUUUGUCAGAUAUGUCUGACAGGCAACAUGAGUGUUUCUAUCAUGCAAUAGCGUUGCCAGAAAUUCAAACUUCAUUUACUAUAUUCAUGUUUUUGCGUACACGUUAAAAUGUUUGUUUAAAAAAAUAAAAGGCAUUACUUAUUGAAACAUCUUCGUAUAAUGCCUUUUAUGAUUGCUUCUGUGUUUAACCUUUGAGAUUCUAGAAGGUUUUUCAUCUUUAAAAUUGAUACAAAUUUAAGUUUUCCUAAUUAGAAUUUCGAUAUUGACCUUUUUGCCAAUAAUGAAAAAUUCAUUUUUACAUCAUAUUGGAUCCUACAAAAGUUAAGGCUAUGAUUAUUAUAUAUGAUUAUAUAUAUUUCUAGUUAACACAAUAGAAUUAUUAACAAAGAUGUCAGAUUACAAUUGCAAUACUAUUGGAGAUUUGAACAAUCUAAUGGUAAAUUUUAGGAACAAGUAUAGAAUAAAGUGAUAAGUGUUACACACCUAAUUCCCCAAAAUUAAGAAAAUAUUCAACUAUUUGUCCAUGAUUAUAUCAGAAGUUUUUCAACCUUUCCAUGACCUUGUCAACUUAAUUGCCUUUGGUUCAUGUAUAUGCAUCUUAUGUAAAUUCUGGAGAUUAUUGUUGUUGCAAUAGAAAUAAGAGAAAAAUAUAAUGUAAUGAACUUUCAUUUUUAUUUGUUAACAAUAUAUUUUUUUAUAUUUCCAUGGCAUUUAGAAAUAAUGUAAACAUACCAGUACUCUUCAUAUGAAUGAAUUGUAAAAUAAAACAGUUUAAUUUGACUAUUAUUCUAAAUUGCCUUUAAUGGGAAAUUUCAGCUUGGUGGCACAUAUAGAUGUAUUUAAUACUUUGUUGUAGUUCUAAUAAGGCAAUCUGCAUUUUUCUGACAACCAUUUUCAGCUUGUCUUUCCUCCAUCUCUUUUAUAAUCAUAACAUAUUUUUUAGUCUAUCUUAGUAUUCAAUGUAAUGGAAAUAUCUCAUCUGGGUAGCAGGAUGAUAUUUCAUCCUGUUCAAUCCAGUCUGGAUCAACAAAUAUAAAAUGAAUCAAAUUAUAAGGAUCCAAUAUGGAACAUUAUAAUUUAUCACAAAUAGUUUGGGCUGAAGUAUCCCUUCUGUGUAUUGGCAAUUCCAUUUUGGAUUUGAUCUUUCUUUGAUGACUAUGCAUAGUGCAUUGAUAUCUUGUACAACAAAUUAAAUCAGCCUACAUAAUGACAACAGCAGUUCUGGUUAUUCAUUUACAAUGUUACUACUUUUAGAAAAAAUGUAUAUUUUUUAAAUUCAUAUUUUUU